AUGUACAUCUACGACCUGCCCACAACAGGCGCCGUGUCAUUCAGCGACUUUCUCGUGACCACCGACCUCGUCUCGCAGGUAUCCCAAACAACGCAGUUGCGCGCACGACUGCGUGCCGUGCUCAAGGAGAACCGUGCCGGCACAUCGUCCACCUCUACCAAAGACGGCGCGAGCAGCGACCUCAAGAGCACCGAUGCUUCUUCUUCCACCCCUUCGAACGCUGGCUCCGCCUCCGACUGGCUCCUGAUCAUCAAAACGCUCGAAGAAUACCUCCCGCACCUCCUAUCCGUCUUCAACAGCGUCCAGACGGACGACCUGAUUCUGCGCUACGAACCGGUCUUCUCGUGGCGCACCUCGGUCUCCACCACCCGUUUUCGGGGUGCGCAACGGGUCGAAUUGCCCGGAUUGUACUACGAGCUAGCGAACACGUUGUUGACGUACGCGCUGACGCUGAGCAACUUUGCCAGUGCGACGGUGGCCGGUCUGGGAUCGUUCGAGCGCGACCGCAACAGCUCAACGGAGGAGAGGAAGGUCAAGGAUGAAAAGCUCCGAUGGGCCGCAGACACACUAUGCCGGGCAGCAGGCAUCCUGGCAUAUCUCUCCGAGGAUCUCCUGCCACGGUGGCGCGAUCAAGCGGGACAAAUGGACAAUCUUCCCCCCGACCUCACCACCGAGGUCACGCUGGCGUUGAGCAAGGUGUGUCUAGCCGAAGCGCAAGCGUUGGCGAUAAGAAAGCUGGUCAGUCCAAGUGUGGGGUUGGCGGUGGACACGGUGACUCCGGGGCCGCCGUUGGAGAAGGGACAUCCGAGCGCGAGUCUGUUGGCGAAGCUGCACCUGUGUGUGGUGGAGGAGAUGGAGAGUGCCCUGGGGCUGAUGCGGACUGUUGGGGAGCGGAAGCGCGGCAAGGGUCGAGAGGUGGAUGCGGCACGGCGGUUUCAGGAUGGUGAGGAGGACGCAGUGCUUGACUCAAACCCGGGGGGUGGGGGUGGGAAGGGCAAGAAGCUACUGUCGAAGUUCAAGAUGGGCAAAGACAAGGAGACGCGCCAUUCCGGUCCACACGACAUCACCCCCUCAGCGGGCAAUGCCACCUCAACUUCCUCGGGAAGCGACCUGGAUCUCGCACCCUCGUUGCUCAAGUACCUCAGCUUCAGCAUCGGCUUCCACAAGAGCAUGGCGUUCAAGUGGUUAGGCAUCGAUCAUGGCGAGUCGACGCGUGUUGGGAGCGGGAUAGCUUUCCUGUCUCUGGCCUCGUCGUUGUUGACCUCGACCAAGGACCUCUCUUCGGGCUUGACUGGAAGUAUCACUUCCUCGUCGCUUCUGCCUUCGAAGAAGCGGUCCAGCGCAGUGGAACAGGAAUUGGCAACGAUCACACACUGGUUGCAGGCGUAUCGAAAGCUCAACGACACGGUUGCGUUUCAACCCGUACCCAGCAGUGCCGAGGUGACAGCCAAAGUGCCCGCGGGAAGGGCAGCACUGGGUUCGAAGGCGUGGAAGAUGCCCGUGCCUACCUUUGGACCGGGGAGUGAAGGGUAUGCGGAUAGGAGCGGCGAUACGGGUCUCAGGCUGGACCAGCUGCAUUUGUUAGAGGGAGAUCAUCCGGCGCGGAGGGGGUUGGUGGCGCUGCAGGGCGGCGAGGGAGGUGCCAAGGGUGAAUAUGCUGGUCAGGGGGCGUACUACUGA